AUGCCUGCAGACUACCAGUCCACCGCGCGGGCUUUGUCACUUCCAGUCUCAGAGCCUGAAGAGCAGGAAUCUCCUCUAUCCCCCGGCCUCCGGCCACCAUGGAGCCACUCCCCAAACUCAUCGCGACGCGGCUCUCGACGACAAUCCACAAUGGGGGAGGCCGUCUCAUUCCGCGAUCGAAUGAUCAAUCAGGCUGAAUCUUUUUAUCGGGCAGCCAAGGACCGAUGGGAGAGAAUGACCCUGGUUCAAAAGACGUUAUACUUCUUAGGAUCGCUUUUGGUCGGCGCUCUUGGUAUAGCGUCUUUGAUUCUUGCGGGACAUAUAUUCAUUUGGCUAGGACCAGUAGCUGAGCAAUGGGAGCAUUCAGCGGGGGCAUAUGCUCUGGUGUGGUUUUCGAUUAUCCUAGUAUCCUUUCCUCCGUUGGUUGGUUGGUCAACACUUGGAACUAUAUCAGGGUUUCUUUUUGGAUUCUGGAGGGGAUGGAUCGUCUACGCAUCGGCUACUGUUGUAGGCUCGACAAUAUCCUUUAUCGUUUCCCGAACGGUUCUUUCAGGCUUCGUCAAACGCAUGAUGGAGCACGACAAGCGAUUCGCUGCGCUUGCGCUAACACUCAAAUAUGACGGCCUCAAACUUCUCUGCAUGAUUCGACUUUGUCCGUUACCAUACUCGAUCUGUAACGGUGCCGUAUCGACAUUCCCUACAGUGAAGCCUCUCAGCUAUAGUCUUGCUACAUUGAUUGUUGCACCCAAAUUCAUGGUGCCUGCAUUUAUUGGGAGCCGCAUCCGUAUCUUAUCGGAGAAUAAUGAACAGAUGAGCGCUGGCUCCAAGGCGAUUAAUAUCAUUAGUAUUAUUGUGUCGGUCUCUAUUGGCGUUGCCACUGGGAUAUAUAUCUAUAGAAGAACAUUGGCUCGCGCUAAAGAGCUCGAAGCCGAAGAACGGGCCGGUAUCCGACGAUCUAUACAAGAAGACCACGCCGCAGGACGUCCUCAUGGCGACUUUUCAGAUGAUCCCGACGUCAAUGCGGCGGUAAAAACCCUAGCUCGCGAUGAGGAAGCACAACUUGGAUUUUAUGACGAGGACAACAUCGAUAUUGACGUUGAAGGAGGCGAAUUGGCCGAAACCCAUGGUAAUAGAUCUUAUCGGGACGAGUUCACCGAUAAUGAUUCUGAUGUCUUUGAUGACGGUGAUGGUGAUGAGUCGGACACGUAUGGAUUGCAUACUCAUGUGAGACAGUAA